AUGGUCGCAGGUUUGGCGAGCACCGUCGGCCUGGGGCAGGCUAUGUUUUUGAAAGCUACUUAUCAGUCCCCACCGGACGCCCGUGGGCCCCGUUCCGGUGUCGAGCGCCCCGUCGCUAGGCUGAACACUCAGACACUGUCUAGCUCCGAGGGGCAUGUCACUCGCAUUCUUACCGCUUCGGACGACGCGCGUGUUUCUCAUCAUGCAGGCGCAGCUGGCGCCUCCGUGUCGACGCAGAGUGCUGUCAAUGACGCGGUUGAUGCCGCGGUUGAAAGCGUUAGAGCGCAAUUGGGUAACAUUGAUCUUUCGCCAACUGUUGAAAAGCACGGCACAAAGACCGUCACGAAGCAUAAACGCAUUUUGAUUAUCGGCGAUUCUUUGGUCAGCGGCGUUGGAGGGCUGUCCAGUUUUGAGGAUGGCCCCAGUGAUGGACCGGCUCUCCCGCGACAGGUCGCGCGGUAUUUGUCGGAGAUGCUUAACGUGGAUGUGCAAUGGAAUGCCUUGAGUUUGACAGGUGGCGAUGUGCGCAUGCUGAAGAGGAAGAUCGUACCCAUGCUCACCAGGGAGAAGGAACGGGGCACAAUUGGCGACAUUUCUGCCGUCGUUCUUGUCACUGGCGUGAACGACUGGAAACGAAUUUCUCCAAUCCGCACCGCCAACAAGUUUCGUGAGGAUCUUGCCGAGUUUGUUAUUAAGAUUCGUGAGCAGCUUGGUGACGAUGUGAGCGUUUUCUUGCCGGCCAUUCCUGGCGUACAUCACACGCCUCGAUUCCAUGAGCCCUUGCGAUCGAUCGUCAUCUUUUUAAAUGACUACUGGGACUCGCAAAAGUUGCAACUCUCUCGAAGCAUGGCUGGGGUCUACUUUGUUGGCCAACCACCAAACCAUGAGUGGGGAACAAACCCUGUCCAAUUUUUCUCGACGCUUGACAGGGUGCAUCCCUCAGAGCUUGGGUAUGAUCGAUGGGCCGAGCGAAUCGCUGAGCACAUGGUCAGCGCAUUUGAAAAGAUUGCCAGUGCUGCGAAAGAAACUGUUGCCAAGGCUUCAAUAUCUGCGUCUUCCACCUUGGUAAAGGCGACGACCUCGGCAUCAUCUGUGGUGGCAAACGCUACACAAAGAGCGGCAGGCGCUGCUUCCAGAGCGGUGCAAGUAACACAGAAGUCAACCGAAGCCGUUAAGCAUAUUGCCACUAAGUCCAAUGAUGGCGCUGCUGUGCCUAUGACUGCCCAUGCUCUCGGCGGUGUCAAGCCUUCUGAACAGAACAAGUCGCCAUCGUCAUGAGGUUAAGAGGUUAGGCAGAGUAAGGACACACUUCAAUGACGAAGAUGCAUUUGCUCUGCCAUUUUCACAUGUGGAAAGAAUGAAGGUAUGUAGUUUGGGGAGGAGCCAAGCGCGGUUCACAAGGGGGAGUGGGAAGACAAGCACAGCUCUGACCACUAGUUGGACUUUGCUGUCAGGUUUUGAGGCUAUUAAGAUUAACUGCCGCAGUGAGUGGCUAGGCACCGGUAGACGUGGGUCCGUGUGCGACGUUUUGGGUUCGCUAGAUAGCGGCGUUACAAUCAAAUACCAUUGACUUUUUUUUACUUACAUCAAACAGAAACGUAUUGCAGUGAGGUGAGUAUGCGCUUAAAGAUAAAUCUUUGCAUAAUAUAUCUUUGUGAGUUGCAGGGCUCUCCCGCGCCUUGUAAAUUGUAUGUCAUCCGUUGACCAAAGGUCGAAA